AUGGAGCAGAAAGAAAGCACAGUUUCUGGGUCACCGGGGGACUCGGAGACCAACUCACCUCCAGUGAGCAGAGCUGAAGCACCUCAGGUGAUGAAUAUAAACAUGAACAUGGCUGCAGAGGACAUGAGCGUGGAAGGAAGCUUUGUUGCAGCAACAACAAUCCCACCAGCCUUGACAAGUGAUGCAGGAUCAGGAAACCAAGCAAGUAGCAGCCUGGAUUUGUUUGGGAAUAAAAAGAAGAGAGGAAGACCAAGAAAGUACGAUUCAGACGGCAACCUGAGAGUGCAGCCAUUUCAUCAUCCUCAUCAUCAAGCAGGGCCUGGAGGAGCAUUAACAUUGCAACCUGGUUUCUCUUUCUCUCCUUCUUCUCCUCCUUCUGAUGGCUUAAAAUCGCCAUUGAAGAGGGGUCGUGGCAGGCCUCCUGGCUCUGGUAACUGGCAGUUGCUUGCAUCUUUAGGUGAGUUGUAUGCAAACACAGCAGGAGGGGACUUCACUCCUCAUGUGAUAACUGUGAAUACUGGAGAGGAUGUUGCAGGGAAAAUUCUAUCACUUGCUCAUAAGGGUCCAAGAGGAAUUUGUAUUCUGUCUGCCAAUGGAGCUGUCUCUAAUGUUACCAUUCGCCAACCAGGUUCUUCUGGUGGUAUCUUGACAUAUGAGGGACGUUUUGAGAUACUUUCACUAUCUGGGUCAUUCACAGUCAGUGAAACUGGUGGCGUAAGAAGGAGCGGUGGACUGAGUGUGUCGUUAGCUGGCACUGACGGUCGUGUAAUUGGCGGAGGAGUUGCAGGACUUUUAUUGGCAGCCAGCCCAAUCCAAAUGGUCGUAGGCAGCUUCAUGCCAAAUGGUUACAAGGCACAAAAGAGAAGGAACCACAGCGAUAAUGCAACGGGUUCUAGGACGCCAGCUGCUCAACAUGUACUGACAGAAGCAAGAACAAUCUUUCAGCCAAAACUCGAAGGUGAAACAUGUUUGAUAUCCUCGUCUUCAUUGCAAGAAGAGAGGCCUAGAGGAAAAGCUCACUGUGCAAGCGACCAGCAGAUACCGAAUGCUACAAGUCCCUUGACUCUUAGUUUGAAUGGAUCACAACAUAUCUAAUCAUCGUCCGUUUCC